UCGUGUCGGGAUUGGAAUGUUAGCGAGCAACAAUCGGAACAACUGAGCACUCGGUAAUUGGACACUCGGUCUGAGGAAUCCUGCCGUUUUCCCAGCGUCUCCCUCCAGUUCGAGACUGCCGCUCGCUUCCCUCUGCUCGGCCGGACAGCUCGGCCCGCUCCGCCGCUCUCCUCCGGUCAUGUGGGUUUGAUAUUUGUGAGGGAAUGAGCGGAGGUGAUAAAUGGGCAGAGAAAUGCAGGGAUUUGUCAGGUUACAGUUGGACCGCUGAACCGUCUCCCGGUGUUUUUGAUUCUUCCAAACCGGGAACCAUGGAGCGCUAAAAGGACAACAUCCAGCCGAAGAGGCGUUCACACCGCCGGGGAUUCUUUCUUUCUUUCUUUAUUCUUCUUUUUCUUUUCUUUUUUAAUUCUACCCGGUGCUCAGCAUCCAACCUUCCGCCUGGGAGAGCCUCGGGGACCCCGGCCGCUGGCGCUCCAGCCUGGAUGAGGAGAAGCGGCCGCAGCGCACAGGCUCGGGACAGGUCUUUGUCGGUGCGUCGCUGGAUGUGGUGAAACUCCACAAGCGGCGCACAAAUCGCCCACAUGCGCUGGAUCAAUCGCCGGAUCUCGGAGCACAACACGAAGAAGGGGGGUUGGGGAUGGAGCGAUGCAGCCGGGGCUGGUGAGAGCGUAACUUGGGGCCACUUUAGCUUUGUUAUUCCUGAGCGAGUCGCCUCUGUUCCCGGGACACAUGCAGGCCAAAAAACGCUACCUGAUCCUGCUGUCCGCCGGAGCGUGCCUGGCGCUGCUCUUCUACCUCGGAGGGGUUGAGCUCCCAGCGGCCAGGAGGAGCCGGCAGGACCGCAGCAGGAGCGGGUACCGGCCCGAGCAGCCCUGGCCCCACUACUCGGACCCCUUACACGCCUUCCUGCCCUGGGAUCAGACGGACACCGAGGAUUACAACCUGCACAUAUCUCCGACGCAGAAGCGGGACGUGAACAGGAGCGUUUACAGAGGCAAGCGGUGCCGCAUGGAUUCCUGUUUCGACUUCUCUCUGUGUCAGAUGAACGGCUUCAAAGUUUAUGUUUACCCCCAGCAGAAGGGGGAGAAGAUCUCGGAGAGCUACCAGAACAUCCUAUCCACCAUCGAGGGCUCCAGGUUCUACACUUCCGACCCGGCACAGGCAUGUCUGUUCGUCCUGAGUCUGGACACUCUGGAUCGGGACCAGCUGUCCCCUCAGUACGUCCACAACCUGAAGACGAAGGUCCAGAGCCUGCCUUUGUGGAACGACGGCAGGAACCACCUCAUCUUUAACCUGUACUCCGGAACCUGGCCGGACUACACGGAGGAUCUGGGCUUUGACAUCGGCCAGGCCAUGCUGGCCAAGGCGAGCAUCGGUUCGGAGAACUUCAGGCCCAACUUCGACAUUUCCAUCCCGCUCUUCUCCAAGGAGCACCCUCGGACCGGAGGGGAGAGGGGUUUCCUGAAGUACAACUCCAUCCCGCCUUUUAGAAAGUACAUGCUGGUGUUUAAGGGAAAGCGCUACCUGACCGGGAUUGGCUCGGACACGCGGAAUGCCUUAUACCACGUCCACAACGGGGAGGACGUGGUGCUGCUCACCACCUGCAAGCAUGGGAAGGACUGGCAGAAACACAAGGACGCACGGUGCGACAAGGACAACGCGGAAUAUGACAAAUAUGACUACAAGGAGAUGCUCCACAACUCCACCUUCUGCUUGGUGCCCCGCGGCAGACGCCUGGGCUCCUUUCGCUUCCUCGAGGCGCUGCAGGCUGCGUGUGUGCCGGUGAUGCUGAGUAACGGAUGGGAGCUUCCUUUUUCUGAAAUCAUCGACUGGAACACGGCCGCAGUCAUCGGCGACGAGAGACUCCUCCUGCAGAUCCCGACCACGGUGCGCUCCAUCCACCAGGACAAGAUCCUGUCGCUCAGACAGCAGACUCAGUUCCUCUGGGAGGCGUACUUCUCCUCUGUGGAGAAGAUAGUGCUGACCACGCUGGAGAUAAUCCAGGACCGAGUGCUGGAGCACGGCUCCAGGAGCAGCCUGAUGUGGAACAGCCACCCUGGAGGCCUGUUUGCCUUGCCGCAGUACUCCGGAUACCUGGGAGACUUCCCAUUUUACUACGCCACACUGGGUAUUAAACCGUACCCCAAGUUCACUGCAGUCAUCCACGCCGUCUCCCCUCUGGUGUCCCAGUCCCAACCCAUUCUCAAGCUACUGGUAGCUGUGGCCAAAUCCCAGUACUGUGCUCAGAUUAUCGUCCUGUGGAACUGCGACAAGCCGCUGCCGGCCAAACAUCGCUGGCCCGCCACCUCCGUGCCCGUCAUCGUGAUCGAGGGAGAGAACAAGGUCAUGAGCAGCCGCUUCCUGCCGUACGAGUCCAUUGUGACCGACGCUGUCCUGAGCCUGGACGAAGACACCGUGUUGUCCACCACAGAGGUGGACUUUGCUUUCACCGUGUGGCAGAGUUUUCCGGAGCGGAUCGUGGGUUAUCCGGCCCGCAGCCACUUCUGGGACAGCAACAAGGAGCGAUGGGGCUACACCUCCAAAUGGACCAACGACUACUCUAUGGUUCUGACCGGCGCCGCCAUGUUCCACAGGUACUACCACUUCCUGUACACCCACUACCUGCCCAGCAGCCUGAAGAACAUGGUGGACCAGCUGGCCAACUGCGAGGACAUCCUGAUGAACUUCCUGGUGUCGGCCGUCACCAAGCUGCCGCCCGUUAAGAUCACCCAGAAGAAACAGUACAAGGAGACCAUGAUGGGGCAGUCUUCACGGGCGUCCCGCUGGGCCGACCCGGACCACUUCGCCCAGCGGCAGACCUGCAUGAACAAGUUCGCCAGCUGGUUUGGCGCCAUGCCGCUCGUCCACUCCCAGAUGAGGCUGGACCCCGUGCUCUUCAAGGACCAGGUCUCCAUCCUCCGCAAAAAAUACAGGGACAUCGAGAGGCUCUGACAGGACCGCCGCCCCCUCGGGGGAGACUCCACGCAGGGGGAGGCGCGCGACAGAGACUCCGUGGAGAGCCGGAGGAGCAGCCGGACCACGGCCGGAUGGACGGGGAGGGACGGCGCUCCGUCUUCCACUCAGCACAUCGCUAAUGACCACAGCGCCGCCGCCGCUGCUCCCCAGACCUGAUCCGGACGGGAAUCAGGAGGAAACAGAAACAAUGCAAACAGAGACACGAACAGAACUGGAUGUUUCACACGGCGCGCACUACUGACGACAAAAAACAAAAAGAAACUCUGGGUUAGAAUAUUUUUUUGUACGAGGAAAAACCCUGGAGGACGUCGACUUUCCUGCUUUCUCCGCACAUGUGCAGGACGGUAGAGAGGGGAGGAGCGUUUGAGCGUUCCUCGUCCGCAUCAGGACAUGAGACCGGACCCGACAGAUCCGACUCCUGUAGGUAGAAGCUGUUCGCACACAGAGCUUUGGGUUAGUUUGCCGGUUUUCUCCCGACACGCCGGAGAGACGGUCACCUGUUCUUCAAAUUACAUUCAACUGAUAUUGAUAAGUGGAUCCAGAGGUCAUCAAAGGUCAACAAACCUGGAAUAAUCAAAUGGGAUAUGGUGUCAAUUAGUGCCGUUAUGAUUCUUAAGAUUAAGAAAAAGGUCACCAGAGAUCAACCUGCCCAAAUUAAAUGUGACCUAUUAUGCUUCCUUGAAAAGGUAAACGGCCUAAUUAAAACAUUUUUACGUUUUUUACACAAAAUUGUUUCCUGUUAUUUUAAAUCAAGAUAAGCUCCUGAUGGCCACGCCCCCAAAACUCAAUGCCUCCAUUACAAACUGUCAAUAUCCUGCUAAUGUUGGAAAAACGUUUCCAUCGCAGUUUUGCAAAUUAAAAAAGGCUUUUAAAACAUUUUGAUAAAUUAUUUUUAGCCACUUUGGCUGAUAUUAGAAGCAGUAGAAAUCCUGAUAAUUAUCAACAAAACUGAUAAACGUUGCUCCAGGUUAGUGCAGCUAAAAAUAGCAGCACAUUUGAUUGAUACCAAAUUUGCUUGAUUUUUGUAAAUAUUUCACCUUGAAUGACCUCUGGAAAUAUGAACCUCUUUAAAGUGAUCGCGGCUCAGACGUGUUGCACCAAUGGAGUUUGAUUUGAAGGUGGGGGAUCCGGCCCUGGGCUCGGUUGUCUCCCAGCAGCAGGCCGGGCCGGCGCCUCGUUUCAUUUUCCUCUCAUUUCCGUCUUUCCGUGGGUUCGUAGCGCCGAAUGCCGGCCGCUCACAGACCCAAACCUCAUCUUGCAUGAAUGAACACGAUUCUAAUGGAGUAAAGAUUAAUUUUCCAUUUGACCGCCAUCUUUUCUGUUUUUAAUCAGUGCCAUUCUGACCCGGCGGUCUGCCUUCGUUGUUUACUGCACAUCACGCUGCCUAAACGCUCGCUUUCACGCAUCGCUGCCGUUUUUCUUUUUGUUUCCCCUCGACGUACCAGACAACGUCGGCAAUUUAAUUGAUUAAAUUGUUUUGUCCUCCAUUCGUCAGGCCUCAGUUAAGAGAGAAGAGCUGGUGAUGAAGCAUCAUGUGACCCGUAAACUUCCACCUGAAAACUCGGUCCUGUUGGUUCGAAGAACAGAGUCACAUUUUAUCCGAUUCUUUAUUUUACUGAUGCAAAAGCCUUUUUUUUUUCAACUUUCAGCAUAUCAUUUCAUUGUUUCAUACGGUUUUUUACUUGUUUCAUCUGAUUAAUCCAGAGUGUUGGCCAAUUAAGCAGAAUCUGGGUUCAACGUACAUCUGGUUCUGGUUUCAUCCGAUACGUCUGGAUCUGGAUCAAGUCUUAAAUGUCUCAAGAGAACUGCAACCAGAACAAACAGUGCCUUGUGAAAGUAUCAGCCGGCUUUGAUGUAUUUUAUAUGACCAAACACAGAGUAGUACAUAAUUUUAAAGUUUAAAACAGAUGCCUGAACGUUUGAGUAACCUGAAAAGUGCGGCAUGUUUUUUUCUUAUUUUUUAAUUCAGACACACUGAACCACCUCUGGCUGCAAGCCAAUUGGGCUUUAUUUAUUUAUUUUUUUUACCAACUUUGCACUUCCAGAGCUUCCCUCUCAAUGCUGAACAGAAGUAACCCCACAGCAUGAUACUGCCAUCACACAUGUUUCAGAAUUGUAGCUGAAAACAUUGAAUUGUGCAGAAGACAUACUUCCUGUCCCAUUUGGUAGAUUUUUUGUGGAUUGUAAACAGAUUCUCUAUUAUAAUGACCCUCAAAUUUAAACUUUAAAGCAGGAAGUAGAACAUAAGCCAGUCUACCUAACUUUGCUCUAAGAUUCUCCACAUCUUCACCCCCUACUCACAUUUAUAUUCAAAUUAAAUCAAAACACAGGCGGUCUAGUUACUAAUUAUCUGAAGGAAACUGGCUGCUUUAUUCAGGCAUGUGCACUUAUGCCGCACUUAUCAGUUUUUUUGUUUAAUAAAUAAUUUUGAAACAUAAAUAAUUGUUUGAAUGUGCAGCAGCCAUUUGAACUUCUACAAUGUUGUGGACAUUCAAGACAUUAAAGCUGCAACUAUUGGUAUUAAUAUCUUAAUUUAUUGAAUUAUAAGUUUUUAUGUGACCUAAAAAAAACUAAUUUUGCAAAAAAAAAAAAAAAAAAAUGUUUUGUCCCAGCUAACAUUUCCACAUACUGUCAAAGCUUCAAAAGUCGCACACUUUGGCUGCAAGCUAGUCUUAGCCACUGUCCUAAAAUUAGCAUUUUAGCUUUUACAAAAGUAAACGCUAAUUUAAGUAUGUCACUUUAGGUCAACAUGCUAGUGUUAGCCGACAUGCUAUCAUUGUAGCCCUUUGCAUCCUAGAUAAAGAACUUUGAAAUACAGUAGUUAGCAACACUCAACUGCUAGCAUAUUAGCUAAAAACACUAUUAACUUUAGCUUAAUGCGCUCAACAGUAGUAGCACCACAAUAGUUUGUGGUACCAUUAAAGUGAUAAUAAGUCCCACUUAUUGCUACUUUGUAGCUGUUUAAUAGCAAUAAUAAUUCCACAAAUACACUUUUAAAAAAAUUAUACUAAACAUUUAUAGGUUCAGGACAGCAGUCCAGGAUUUCCCCAGGAAAGCCCGGUGUUCUGGUUCUGGGUGUUAGGUUCUGGUUCUGGGUGUUAGGUUCUGGUUCUGGGUGUUAGGUUCUGGUUCUGUCGUUCAUCCAGCAGCCCGUCGUGCUUUUGAGUUAAAAGUUGACAGAAAGUUUGAAAAUAUCGCUUGAAUUGGUGUUCAAGAUCAACACCUGAACACCAAUUAUAAAGUCUUUUAAAAAGGAAGUCAUUAAUAAAAACUAAAAUAAAUAAACAGUGCUUAGCCUGGCGGGGGCACAAGUGAAGCCUGGUGGCCCGCCAGGCUUAUAAUACACUGAGGGAAACCCUGCAGUCACAUAAAGAAGUGUUUUAUAUCACACAUAUCAUAUUUUCAAAUGUAUUGAUACUCUUAUUGAGCAGACAGUGGAGGAAAUUGUAAAACUAAAUUCAGUUUUAGGGUUUUAAACUUCAGUAAUUGGAAUUUCUUAACAAUAAAUGAGCAAAGUUCUGCACCGAGAUUUUUAUGUUGUCUUAAAGUUUUCACUCAUGUUUUUUCUACAUAUAUAUAAUAUUGGCUUCUUGCAGGACAUUUCACCGUUAUGAGCUACUUUGUGUUGGUUUGUCCUCUGAUCCGGUUGAACAGGAUACUUUUCCAAAGCACUGUGUUGGACCUGAGCGCAUCAGUCCUGAGGGCAGCAGCUGAUAUUUGUUCGGGUUACUUCCUCCUCGCUCUGCACAUCGGUCCAUUUCAUCCAAACGGGAAACUUCCAGACUCAUCGCCACAGCUCUGAUCUCACAAAAGCAUCGCCGCCAAUCUAGAUUUGGGAGGCAGCUGGGCCGCUCCAGAUGGUUCAUUACGGUAAUGGUUCUGAUCCGAGUGCGACGGAGCAAAGUGAGGGGAAAACUCCUCAUCGCACCGGAGAGUCCGGCUGCAGCGUCUGGGUUUUGUCUUCUUGUUCAGAACCGGACUCUGAGUCUGAUUUGUGCCUUUUAUCAACAGGAGCCCAAACUUUUGAACAGUGGAGGAGUCGCAGCUUCACUCACACACACAACUUCACACAAACACACACACAACUUCACUCACACACACACAGCUUCACUCACACACACACAGCUUCACUCACACACACACAGCUUCACUCACACACACAACUUCACACAAACACACACAGCUUCACACAAACACACACACACAGCUUCACUCACACACACACAGCUUCACUCACACACACACAGCUUCACUCACACACACACACAGCUUCACUCACACACACACAGCUUCACUCAAACACACACACAGCUUCACUCACACACACACACAGCUUCACUCACACACACACAGCUUCACUCAAACACACACACAGCUUCACUCACACACACACACAGCUUCACUCACACACACACAGCUUCACUCACACACACACAGCUUCACACAAACACACACAGCUUCACUCAAACACACACAGCUUCACUCCAACACACACACAGCUUCACUCACACACACACAGCUUCACUCACACACACACAGCUUCACUCACACACACACAGCUUCACUCACACACACACAGCUUCACUCACACACACACAGCUUCACUCAAACACACACAGCUUCACUCACACACACACAGCUGUACUGUUGUCAUGUUGGACACCUUUAGUGUUAACGACGUGUGACAGCUUCCUGUUGAUGCGUGAGGGAACCGGUGAAGCCCGGCUGUCCUGAUGCCUUUCCUCCCUGUAACUAAGAGAAGACUUUUAUAGAGGCCACACAUUAAACAGAUAAAUGACCAUUUUGUAAGAAUGAUUUAUAAUAAAAAAUAAACUCAUAUUUGAUUAUA